ACCCCCACCAUGCGAUCCAAUCGAACCCGUCCCCCUUCCCCCCCGCGCUAUCUCCACCCAAUCAGCACUCAAGCGCAUCCCUACGCUUUGCCCGCCGAUAUAACCCCGACUACAAAACUCCGACACUUUUUCGGCUUGGCCCAACACUCCCCCAACUCCAACCAGUAA